CAACGUUUAACGUCACUUCGAAAACUUGGAAAACCCCCUUCCUCACAACGCGCUUCUAAAAACACCCAUCCUCGACAACACAACGGCAUACCCUGCGCUCAACCUCUCAACUUAGCGCCGGCAAGAGCCAUUGUCCACCUCUCCCUUUGACAAACUUCUCCAAUAUGCCCCCCUCCCCACCAAAGAAAAACCCUACGAACCAUAAAUUCGAGCUCCAAAAUCACCGCGUCUUCGACCCCUGGAACUCCUCCUCAACGGGCCACCAGCACGCCGAGAAUCCAUAUUCCGGCACGACGAGCUGGCGCGAUACCCGCUCCGCAAAAUUGAAGCAGCAGUUCCUCGGCGACGAUUAUUCCCGCAAUAGCGCCAGCGCUCUAGAUGACCAAGACUUUUCGGCGAAAGCAUUUGACGGAACUUGCGGGUCUGUAUCGCCAGAUAGAGAAAGCUAUGGGGAUAUAACUGGAAGUGGUGGGAGAACGAGGGCUGGAGAAUGGCGAUGGGUUUCGGAGGCGGAGGCGAAGCGGGCUCAGUUGGGUGUAAGGGAUAUUCGGUGUUUCAUGGGUGUUGGGAAGAGGAAGGCGGGGGAUGAGUACCAGAUGCAAUCGCAGGCUGAGAAGAAGGCGAGGACGGUCUCGGGAGGAACUGCAGUUUCAAAAAUGUUGAUAUCGACUCCUACACCUACACCUACACCUACACCUACACCUGCGACUGUGACGGUGCCAAAGACUUCAACCAUAUCUACAACAACGAGCACCACCAAGAUACCCUCGAGCCCCAGAAUUGAGUCUGGUACCGAUCACCAACGACAGAAAAGUACUGCAACGCCCGCAGUUCCACCCUCCACCACCAAAUCAUCCUCCUCAACCCUCUUCACCGGAACGACAAUCUACAUCAACGGCUCAACCCUCCCGCGGAUCUCCGACCACAAACUUAAAUCCCUCCUCGCGUCGCAUGGCGCUACAAUCGCCAUCGGCAUGGCCCGCCGGACAGUCACGCAUGUUAUUAUCGGGCAACCCGCUACUACGGGCCAGGGUGCCGGCGGUGGUCUUGCGGCGGGGAAACUACAGGGGGAGAUUGAGAGAGGUGGGUGGAAGGGGGUUAGGAUUGUCGGUGUUGAUUGGGUCCUCGAGAGCAUCAAAGCAGGCAAACGACUUGCCGAGUCGAGGUUUGCUGUUUUAUGUGUUGCGCCGAAGGGGCAGAAGAGUGUUGCUAGUAUGUUUGGUGGGAGGUGAGAUUGGAAUGAUACCCAGGUUCACUUGAAUGCCCUUUAUGACUAGAGCGUGGGCUGGAUUGGUUGAGGAGCAUUCAUUUUACGUGCAUCUUCAUGUUGGCGUUUACUUAUUAUCCUGCAUUUGUUACUGGACAUAGCGUUGGCAUUGCAUUGCAUAUCUUUGACAUGCAUUGGAGUAUAACACGGCGUUACUUUUAUCACUACUAUGGUUGGAUUUCUAUCUCGUGAUACCCCUCGAAGAAAGUCGGAAAUCAGUCUUCAAUUUGACUCUCAG